CGUAUUUAGUAUUUAGUAUUUAGUCAGAUUUAUACCUAUCGAAAAGAAGUCAGUCUGCUCGAUUUAUCAAAAUUUAUUUUUAUAUAAACAAAUAAAAUAAAUUUUCUUACAAAUGUGUAUAAUUUUCAGGCAUUCCAGGAUUAUUGAAAUCAAUAUUUAUAAUGACUGCUAAUAACUUUAAGCUGGAAUUAGUUAUUUUUAUUGUCGGAGUUUCCGUUAUUCUUUUGGAGGCUGUUGAUCCAUCGGAUAAUCAAUUUAAUGCUCCUCAUCAAUUUCUGGAAAGUAUUAUACUACAUGGUGCAAGAAAUCAAAAACCAGAGACAAGCAUUUUAACAGCUAGAAUUUCCAAUAAUGUUAAAGAAAAUUCAAAUCUUGAACUUCUUGGUGGAUAUAGACCAUUAUUUCCACCUUAUUUCCCAUUGAAAAAUCCAAAUGCAAGUAAAAAAGUUUAUUUUGAUCAUGAAUAUUAUACACGUGGAACGGAUGAAAUUCUUUUGGAUAAUAAUAAUAAUAAUAAUGAAAAUUCACAAAAUUUGGAAAUACAAUCACAACAAAUUGUUCCAUUAAUACAAAAUACACAAAUAUUUUUCAAUAAAAAUACAAAUUUACAUCAAGAAGCAAGAUCAAGCAGAAUUGAUAGUUCAUCUGUAAUUAGAUCGAAAAAUAAUCAAUAUCUUCCAACUAUAAUUUCCACUCAUUCUAGUUCUAAUAAUAAUAAUCAUCAUCAAGUCACUUAUAUAACGUAUCAAUAAAAAUAAUUGUGUAAUUAAUUUUUUUUUUUUUUUAUUCAAUUUACUCAAAAAGGAAAAUAUAAAAAUUGAAUUAUAAAAGUUGAAAAAUUGAAAAUUUUGAAUUGAAAUUGAAUUGAAUUGAAUUGAAUUGAAUUUGAAAAUUUAUUUGUAAUCAGCGAUUCAAGAGAAAAGCAAAAAAUGAGAAACCCUCAGGUAAGCAAUUUUUAUCAAAUUCGAUCAAUUUAAUAAUUGAAGUUGGACAAUAAUUUUGAAUUUUAAUUUAUUAAAAAAUAGUCAAUUUUUUUUGUAUAGAAAAAAAAUGUUUUAAAUAAAUUUUUAUACUAUCCUGUU